CAUCUUUGUUUCCAUUGCCUUUUUUUGGUAACAAGGAAGCUUUGGAUGAGCUUCAGUUACUUGAUUUCAGUCUUGGGUUUUAUAACUGCUGAAGACAUAUGAAUUGCUUGAGCUAAGGACAUACAUCGAAUAUUUUUCAAGAUGUCGCCAGCACUCUUCGAUAAAAGCAAAGACAUGACCAUAUCACCACUCUUCUUAGGUGCUUCAGCGUUGCUUGUUCUAGCCUAUGUUAUUAAAGCCAUACUUUCUCGGCCCCAAAAGUUGGAUCUUCCAAUUGUGGGAAAACCAGGUGCUGAUCAUUGGCAAAAGGAAUUACGUGAAGGAACGGCCAAAUACCCUAACAUUCCCUUCAUCCUCCCCAGCGAUCCUCCCCUGGUUGUCCUACCCCAUUGCACUCUUGACGAAGUCCGCUUCCUCGCCGAAGAAAAGGCAUCCUUCCAGAAAGAAAUUGACCGCAUGUUCCUCUCAGCCCAUACCAAAGUCGGCCAGGAUGCACCCGUCCUCGUUAAAACUAUCAAAAAUGAUUUAACUCGUCAUACUACAUCAGUUGCUGGUGCUCUCAAAGAUGAAACGCACUAUGCAUUAGAUACAGAAUUUGGCACGAGCGAAUCCUGGACUAAAGUGGUUUUGUUUGAGAAAGUAGUAAGGAUCGUGGCAUUAGUUAGCGGGAGAGUCGCCGUGGGAAGACCUCUUAGCAGAAAUAAAGAGUGGCUUCAAACCAGCACUCAAUACACGAUCGAUUGUAUAAAAGCGAAGAAUGCUGCGACUGAAUGGCCGGCAUGGACAAGAUACUUUGUAGUACCGUUCCUACCAGACGUUAAGAAGGUGAAAGCACAUACGGAAAAGGCAGCAGAGUUGUUGAAGCCACUUAUCAAUCAAUGUAUUCGGAGGUUCAAAGAGGGAAAAGGAAUUGGAGAGGACUCGGGUGAUGAAUUUGAUGAUGAUCAGGGAACGUUUGUUAGCUGGAUUAUGAAGCACACAAGUCCGGAGCUUAGAGAGAACCCUUACAACUUAGCCAUAAACCAGUUGAAUCUAUCGUUCGCUUCAAUUCGUACAACGACUAUGGCUGUUUGUCAUAUCUUAUUCGAUCUCGCUUCCCAUCCGGAAUUUAUCGCACCUCUCCGCGAAGAAAUCGAACAGGUGAUCGCAGAAGAUGGAUUUGAAGUUGAUGGCGGCGGAAAGAAAUAUUUGAAGAAACAGUCAAUGGCAAAACUCAAGAAAUUGGAUAGUCUCUUGAAAGAAAGUCAGAGGUUGAACCCUCCUAACAUAAUUUCAAACAUCCGCAUAACAACCGCUCCUCUUCACCUGUCUACCGGCCACACUAUCCCCAAAGGGACCCGCAUAGGAUACGAUGCCCAGGUACUCAACAUGGCGAACCCCGAUCUCUCUUCGCUUCCCCACGAUCCUUCCACUAUGCCCCAACUCGAUCCUCCCAGUAUUUUCUCUCCUUUCCGCUUUGCUUCAAUCCGUGAGAUUCCAGGAAAUGAAUCCAAAUAUCAAUAUGUGUCAACAAGUAAGGAAGCCUUGAAUUUUGGUCAUGGUAACCACGCAUGUCCAGGUCGUUUCUUCGCAGGAGUUGAAAUAAAAAUAAUCAUGAUAGAGUUGUUGAGAGGAUGGGACUUCAGAAAUGUUGGGGAUACAGAGAUGAAGGGAGGAGGAAGACCGGAAAACUUCAGUAUUGAUAUUGUAAUUACUCCAGAUCAGGCAGCGGAGAUCGAGAUCAAGAAAAGAGUUUAAAGGUUUAACAGUUGGAGAGGAGUGAGGAGCAGGGGGAUAUUGAGAAAAUGAUUGUUGGAGGUGAAAAUCGGUGGGUGAGAAUGAGAAGGAUACCAUUCUGUUGGUAUCACCAUGGGGAUGGUGAAGUCAAUAUAGUACUAUGGUUCACACUGUUGUUAUAUUGCUUGAGGUUCUAAAAGCUAGGGCUACGAAACGUAUUGCUGUAGUGUCGGAAGACGCUAGCGUCAACGCUAGCGUAGUCACAUGAUCCCUGUCCCAACACAUUCAUUUGAUCACCAGUUCGGGUUUUAUUUUUGUGAGAUUCUAUAAUAAGUAUACUAAAUCACUUAUUAAUAUCUUACUAAUCAAAUUAUAUAUAUAUUAAUAAUAUAAGUAUAAUAUAAUUUUAUAUUAUAAAAUUAUAUUAUUAUAU